AUGGAUACUGACAUCAUAGAAGAAAAUGUUGAAGAUCAGAUACGACCACCUAUUUUGGAUAAUAACGAUCUAAAAAUUCCACGACACUGGCGAGAUGAAGAGUCAAAAUUAAUGUCGAAUUACCGAAGUCCUACGACACAAGAGCUUGUCAAGACAAAAGUCGGGCUGGAAGACAUUUUAGAGGCCGAUAAUAGUAUAAAAAUGUGGUGGUAUGAUGCCUUUGGAAACGAUAAUGGUCAAAUAUAUUUAUUCGGAAAAGUAUCCGGAAACGUUUUCCAGCCGAGGGUCGUUACGUUAGAAGAUGUUCAAAUAGAACUUGCACAAUUAUUGGCCUCAAAAAAUAUCAAAACAUACAAAACAGAAGUUUGUACUCGAAAAUACGCUUUUGAAUUAACAGAUGUUCCUAAAGAAACACAAUAUAUCAAGUUGACAUACUCUUAUCGUGAUAAUGGUUUUUCUGCCAGUACCAGUGGUGUCACUUUUAGUCGUAUGUUUGGAACUGAAAUCAAACCCUUAAAGCAAUUCAUAAUCCAAAAUGAUAUAAUGGGUCCAUGUUGGCUUCAUAUCAGGAAUUGGGGACAUGCCAUACAAAAACGUUCGUGUUGCGCCGUAGAAGUUACAUUGUAUUCACACGGUGAAUGUUCUGUCAUCAAGGAUACAAGUGGAAAACCAAUAAAAGAUGGUCCACCUCUCAACGUGCUGGCGCUAAGUCUGGACUUCAGAAUGAAUUAUAUUAAGAAUGAAAAUGAAAUAUUGGCAAUUGGUGGUUUCAGUUGUCCUGAUGUGGAUAUUUGUAAUCAAGAGACUGCAACAUCUUCUCCUUUUGAGCGUUUCUCCUUUACCAGAAGCUUGCCUGAAUAUGAUCAUUCCCCAGAGACGUUUUCUCGUAUUCGUGAAGAAUAUGAAAAGACCCACAACAACAUUAUUCAUAAAAACACAGAAGAGGCAAUGCUUCGAGCGUUUCUUUCAAAACUUCAACAAGUCGAUGCUGAUAUCGUAAUUGGACACAAUUUCACGAACUCGAUGCUGGACAUCCUUUUACAUCGAAUGAGGAAAUUUAAAAUUGAAAACUGGAGUCUAUUAGGAAGACGUAUUCUUACAGAACUUCCUUCUCUUCAACCGUAUUCAGGUGGAAUGGGUUUUAGCUAUACGCAGGAACAAUCGGUCAUGUGUGGCCGUUUGGUGUGUGAUACGUAUACAGCAUCUCAAGAUCUUUUAACAUGCAAAAGCUAUCAAUUGUCAGAUAUGGCACUAUCUGAAUUGGAUGUGGUAAGAGAACCAUAUAUGAUCAAGAACUUGGAUCCGGCACUUUGCGAGAUUGAGCUGGCACGACACUGCUCUUUUGAUGCUUACUUGGCGUUUGAAAUUGCGGUAAAAUUACAAAUCCUUCCUUUAACAAAGCAGCUUACGAAUUUGUCUGGGAAUUUAUGGUCAAGGAGUAUGAAUGGUGCUCGAGCUGAAAGGAACGAGUAUUUGUUGUCGCAUGCUUUCUAUAAUGAACAAUUCAUAUGUCCAGAUAGACCAUUGAAAAAUGGAAAGAACGACAACGACAUGGAAUCGAAAAAUUCUCCUGUCGAGCCUAUCACAUCCAUGUCCUUUGAAGGUGGUUUAGUGCUUGAGCCUCAAUCUGGUUUUCAUGACAAAUAUGUCUUACUACUCGAUUUCAACAGUUUAUACCCGUCCAUUAUGCAGGAAUACAAUGUAUGUUUUACAACCAUGCAUCGUACACAGCCAGGCGAAUUGAACUAUAAUCCAGAUGAUAUCCCAGCGAUUCCUGACCCAGAUUGCCCUGAAGGAAUUCUGCCACGUCUUGUUCGCAUGUUUGUCGAACAAAGAAAACACGUCAAAAAACUGAUGAAGGAUCCUACCUUAUCCGCUUCGACCAAGAAACAGUACCACAUCGAACAAAUGGGGUUGAAAUUGACCGCAAAUAGUAUGUAUGGCUGUCUUGGUUCGAGCAUUUCCAGUUAUUACGCACGUCCUUUAGCUAUGUUUAUUACAUCCAAAGGACGAGAAAUUCUACAAAAAACUGUCGAAUUAACACAACAGAUGGGAUACAAGGUUCUCUAUGGUGAUACCGAUUCAAUUAUGGUUGAAACCAAAGUGAACGAUUUCGCUUCUGCAGAGGCCAUUGCCAGAAAAAUUAAAACAAGAGUUAACAAGGAAUACAAAUACUUGGAAAUUGAUCUUGAUGGAAUGUUUAGGAAUACCUUAUUAUUGAAGAAGAAAAAAUAUGCUGGUCUGUUGAUUAACAAAAGAUAUGAUGGUCAUUUGGAAAGCACUGUGGAAGCAAAAGGACUGGAAAUAGUGCGCCGAGAUUUCUGCGAUAUAUCAAAACGCAUCUUAAAACAUGUUUUAACUAUGAUUCUCACAAGUACCUCACGGUCGGAUCUUUCAAAAAGGAUUAGGUUUUUUAUUGAAGAGGAAGCUACCAGUAUUAAGAAAACUGCUUACCCUUUUAACGACUUUAUCAUUCGAAAGCAAAUUGCAAAGGAACCCGAACAUUACAAAAAUCCCAAUAUGCCACAAGUCGCGGUUGCCAGAAUCAUGCGUGCAAAGUCAUUAGCGGUUAAUGAAAACGACAUCAUUCCUUACAUAAUGUGUAAAUCAGAUCAGAUAGGGAAGCCAAUACCUCGCAUGCCAGAGGAUGUGGCUGAAGGAAAAUAUGCUAUAGAUUUUGAUUAUUACAUUAGUCACCAAAUUUUACCCCCACUACGCAGACUAUGUGAACAUAUUCCCGGCAAAGCUUUCGAUGAUUUUUAA